CUUGUCAACCCCUGCACCUACUUUGAAGGCACUCCCUCUGAAUUUUUGCCCCUCUGUGAAUUAGCCCCACUCUACCCCCUCCUCUCUCUCUCUAAAGGGUCUUCUUCCCUCCUCCCUUCCAUUGCUCUGUACUCGAUCUCUAGUCCAUUUUUCUUAGGUUCUGAGCAGCUGCCACUGAAACACAAAAUUUCCCUCCUCGCUCUCCUCUCUCCCUCUCUCUCUCUCUCUCUCUCUCUCUCUCUCUAUCUCUCUCUCUCUCUCAUGCAUGCCCUUGGCUCGGCCACCUCCCUAUCCCUUCACCAAAACAAGAACCUGGGUCCACAAUAAACCAGUAUCUAACCCAUAUACGAGGCCAUGGAACCUCCCCCAACAACACCAACCAGAGACAACAUCUCCGCCAUGAUCAAGCAUGGCUUCUUACCUGACCCACCUUACAAAAUUAGGGUUUCACCGACCAGAAGCCCCCCUUCAUCCAAAUCAAGCCCCACCCUCCUCGAAAUGAUGUCGAAUAACCAUGAAGAUCCACCCAAAUUGCCCGAAAAUCCUCACCACAAGUUGCAGGAAAGAGUGGACAAGAUCAUUUCGGGGUUCACGUUAUCGGAAUCUGGUGAUGUGAAGCUCAAGUUGAGGUCAAAAGAGGGUUUUAGCGUUUCGAUGAGGGUUCAGAGGAGGGUUUUGGUGGGAAAAAGUGGGUUUUUUGUGGGGAAAUUGCCGGACAAGAAAGCGGGUCAUUUGGUGGAGAUUGAAGACUGUGAUGAUGUUGAGGCUUAUGUUGAGACUCUGGUUUUAAUGCAUUCUUCAGAGGAUUUGAGGAAGAGGUUAAUGAAGGAGGAGUUGCAGAGGGUGUUGGCAGUUCUAAAGGUAUCAGUUGCCAUCAUGUUUGAGGCUGGUAUAAUAUCAUGCCUGGAGUGCAUCGAAGCCAUGCCAUGGUCUGAGGAAGAAGAAGAAACAGUCAUCUCAGUUCUCAAUGCGCUCAACCUUCAAGGACCUGCCAUCAAAACCCUGGAAAGGGUUUCAGUUCAACCCUCAACCUCUGAAAGCUUUGAUGGGGUUUUCCUGCAACUCAUGGAAGGUGUGUUACAGGCCAAGGAUGAGAAAGCCCGGAGAGAAAUGAAGGCCCUCAUAUCUGCGCUCCUCAAAGAAAACAACACACACAACAAAAACCACAAUAGAAUCGAUAUUAGCAAGGAGACUUUAUACCACAUCUGCCAUUGCUGCAUUGAUUCUCUUUUGAGACAUUUCAUGGAGGCCACGGCCAUGGAAACAAGCGGUCGAGAUCGAGGGCUAAUCAUGGCUGAAAUCAGUAGAGAAUCAGAUAAUUUACAGUGGGUUGUUGAUAUCUUGGUAGAUAGGCAAAUGGGUGAAGAGUUUGUGAGCUUAUGGGCUGAUCAAAGUGAGCUUUCGGCUUUGCAUUCGAGAAUUCCCACUAUGUAUCGAUAUGAAAUCUCAAAGGUAACCGCUCAGCUCUGUGUAGCCAUUGGUAGAGGGCAAAUACUAACUUCUAAGGAGGCUAGGUUUUCUCUAUUGCAAACAUGGCUUGAAGCUUUGUAUGAUGACUUUGGGUGGAUGAGGAGAGCUGGUAAACCCAUUGAUAAGAAGCUUGUCGAAGAUGGCUUGAGCCAAACCGUUCUUACUUUGCCUCUAGCUCAGCAACAGGUGAUUGUGGUCAACUGGUUUGAUCGAUUCUUGAACAAUGGUGACGAUUAUCCUAAUUUGAGGCGCGCUUUUGAGGUUUGGUGGAGGAGAGCUUUCGUUAGGAGGUUUGUUGUAGAGGAGAUUGAGAAUUCGCGGUUGCAGCUUGCUGUGUGUGAUUACUCUGGUUGAAUAUUUGUCUGAGACUCUCAGUUGCACAGAGAGAGACUUUGACGAGAAGCUGUGAAAUAAGAAGAAUUACUGUGUGAGAGAGUUUUUUUGUAACAUGAAGGAUGUACAAUCAAAAAAAUUGAAAUGUUUGAUGGUGGUUA